AGCAGGAGUCGCCAUGUUGCUGCUGUUGUUGGUGAAGUUUAAAUAAAGAGCUGCAGGAUUUGAAUCACACUGAAGGUGCAGCAUGGAGCUCCCGAACUACAGCCGCCAACUGAUGCAGCAGCUUCACACUUUAAGAAAAGAUGGCCAGUUUUGCGACUGCACCGUUGUGGUGGGCGAUGCGGUUCAUUCAGCUCACAAAGUCGUCCUGGCAGCUUCCAGUCUGCUCUUCAAGUCUUUGCUGGACAGUUCGGACAGUAUCUCCAUCGAUACAACAGUGGUCAGUCCACUGGAGUUCUCAUCUCUGCUGGACCUGGCCUACAUGGGUAAACUGGCACCGGGCCGGCAUGACUUUACCCGCGUCGUUGCUGCCGCUGACAGCCUGCAGAUGUUUGACGUGGCCGUCGGCUGCAAAAACGUACUCGAUGAUGUCAUGAAACGGACGCAGAACCACGGUUCAGGGUCUGCAGUUUCAUCUGAUGAUGCUAAAGCUUUAAAUAAAGAAUGCACAAAUGUUCCUGCUUUCAGUCCUCGUGAGAGAGAAGAGCUGGCACCUGAUUCUGCUCAAAUCCAGAAAGAUUUGGCUUUACAGGAAGCACACCCAAAACAGUUGGGACAGAGAACCAUUUUUACCAUUGAAAUAUCAUGGUAUAAAGAUUAUUAUAAAUACAUUUUUGCAUUAGUAUUUCUUAAUUGUCAGACCUGUGGUGUGUACAUUUUGUGCUCAGACAAGGACAGUGUGGAGCUGCUGUAUAAAAAACGAGAUGAGCUGAUGAAGACCCUGCAGGAGAUUCAGCCGAUGAUUAAACCCCUCUCCGUCUGGGACACACUGCCCAUCCAGCACAGAAAUGCCUUCCUAAUACUGCUGGACCAGAUGAAGAGCCUCAAGUCUGAAGUGGAGUCAAUGCUGCUGGACCAUAAAGUCACAGAUGGAUCUUUGGACGAGUCUUUCAAGUCUUCAGAAUCCCAACAGUACCAAAGCUCAAAACUUACAGAAUACAUCGCCGGUGUGGACAACAUUCAUAAAGUGUUGACCCAGGCAGCGGAUACAUGCACGGACGAGGCUUUAAAAGAGGUGCUGCUGGAGUGUGGCGGAGAAACGAGCUGCAGGGAGGUGUUGAGGAAGGUAGUGAGUGUGCUGAGUGAGAGAGAAAUUGAGGAAACGUUAGUGCUGCUGCUAUUGAAAAAGAUGGAACAAAACACUGCAGACAUGAAGGAACCCAGUGACACUGCAGAAGUGAAAUAUGGUCCACCUGCUCAGAUGGCUGCAGGUUUGGAGAACGAUAAGAAGGAGGAUAAAGAGGAGGAGGAAGAUGAGAAGGUGGAGGAGAAGAAAGAUGGCACCCGGAGGAGGAGGAAGAGCGUGGUUGUGUCCUACACGUGCCAGUGGUGCAAAAGGAUCUUCGACUUUAAGUGUCGUUUGCUGAAGCACAGACAGAAGUGUGUGCUUUCUCCUGACAGAGCUCAGCGCUGUACCGAAUGCUCCCUCACGUUCCCAUCGUCGUCGGCUCUGCAGCAGCACGGCGCCCAGGCUCACGACGGCCCUCCGGCUAAGAAGAAGAAACCCCCGCCUGUACAGUGCGAUAUCUGUGGCAAGGAGUUCAAACACCCGUCUGGCCUGCUGUACCACAAGCGCACCGAACAUCUGGAGGAGAGGCCGUACGCGUGCGAGGACUGCGGUGCCAAGUUUGCCGCCAACUCGUCCCUGAAGAACCACAUGCGCCUGCACACGGGGGAGAAACCGUACCAGUGCGUACACUGUGACAUGAGGUUCACCGUGGCUGCUUCGCUAUCCUACCACACCAAGAAGAAACACGCCGAAGGGAAGAUGUUCGAGUGUCAGUACUGCUCGGCCACGUUUGCUCAGUCCAUCGAACUGACGCGGCACGUCCGCACACACACUGGAGAUAAACCGUACGUAUGCAGACAGUGUGGAAAAGGCUUCAAACAGGCUAACGGUCUCUCUGUGCACCUUCAGGCCUUCCACAGUGUUUCAGAUCCUCAUGACUGUCAGAAGUGUCGGGUGAGCUUUAGCUCUCUGGAUAAACUCCGUGAGCACAUCCAGGAGGUUCAUCCCAAAGAACUGCACCAGUGUCCUGAAUGCAGCAAGAUCUUCAGCUCUGGCGCUCAGCUCGAUAAACACAUGAGCACCCACGAUGGCAGCAAACCCUACAGAUGUAAAAACUGCAACAAAUCCUAUCAGACUCUGUCAGGGUUGUGGUACCACAAUCGUACUAUCCACACAGACAUGGUUAAGGCAGGGGGCAGUCGGCUGGUCUCACGUCCACUGCAGUGCAACAUCUGCGCCAUGACUUUUUGCAACAGGAACAGCCUGUGCAGACACCAGCUAACCAAACAUCCAGAAAUGCAUAAUGUUGCUGAAGGGGUGGAUGAAAAGGUACCACAGGCACCACCAGAUGCUCCUCAAUGGAGGUGUGCGUACUGUCCUCAAGUUCUGAGCAGCGAGCAGGAGUUACAGCAGCACAUAUCGAGUGAACACAUGAACCAGCAGGGAUCUUCGUUUACCUGCGCCGCCUGCGCUCUGUCCUUCGCCUCCGAACCUGAGCUCCAGCAACACUUCCUAGCCAAUCAUGUACAGAUCAUUCAGGAGGAGAAGCUACAUGUCCAGCACUCGUCCUCACAAACGGUCAUCCAGACAGACGAUACCUUAUCUGAAGGGGUGGCGCAGUUAGUCGGACUCGACCGGUCGCAGUCGGAUGAUUCUCAGGUGUUUGUUGCUGUGGGUGAUGGACAGGAGGUGAUGAAUACACCGGGGGUCGUCACUGUCAAUAUGGAGGACUUACUGACAGGCAGAGUCGCACUGAUCUGUGAGGAGAAUCAAUAGUUGGUAAUGAUGUCAAAUUAAACGAAGGUGCGAACAUCAUGAGCACACUGUAGUGGAACUGAGAGCAGUUUUAAUAAAAUGGUUUUCUCCUCA